AUAAUUCUAGGACGUAUUCGGUUUGAUGAUGGCCACUCGCAGCGUAAUCAAGUCUCUGAUUAUCGGCUGUGCUUUCCUCGCACUUAUUUGUUGGAAUAUUAUGCUGCAAACAAAAUACGAACGGAGCUUUAAAACACGAGAUGACCAUCUCAGAGAACUCGAAGGAAAGUUAAAAGCACAUGACGGCGAUUUCGAAGUGCACCAGAAACUUAUUAAAUCCAUCGACAAGGCGACCUCCAGGCGGAUCAAGCGUUCUCUGGGUAACCGACCUCCGCCAACUGGUGGCGCCAUGUACAUCCGCUGGGGGAGAACAGUGUGCCCUGUUGAUGCAGAGCUCGUUUACAAGGGCUACGCAGGAAGCGGCGCCUCAAGACACACCGGAGCCUCACCAGAAUAUGUGUGUCUUUCUAGUGAACCUAAGUAUGAUCGGUAUGAUACUGGUGCUGUAUCCGACAUGGGAGCAUGGAUUUAUGGUGUGGAGCUUAAGCUUGCUACUUCGAAGAACAUAUUGGAGACCAGUAAUUCAAAGUUAAGCCCGCUGAAUAACUCGGACAUCCGGUGUGCGGUCUGCAGGAGUCUGACAAGAACCAGCAUGGUCAUGAUCCCAGGAACGAACGAGUGUAUCCCCGGAUGGAGUAUGGAAUACCGGGGGUAUCUGGUGAGUUCGCGUUACACAGAGAAGGGACAACAUAACUACGCCUGCUUGGACAAAGCUCCAGAGGCAGGGACCGAUGGUGGAGUUAGAAUUAACAACGGAGCUAUGAUGCAUCUGGUUAAGGGACAUUGCGGCUCUCUGCCAUGUACUCCUUAUGUUCAAAAUUAUGAGCUGACCUGUGUUGUGUGCACUAAAUAAAGUAUAUGUCUAAUAUGCUUUACUCCAAUAUAUCACUAACAGGUUAAUUUCGGCCGACUAUAUAGGCAUACAUGUAUGAGAUUAUCAAGUCGUCCAAGAUCAAGUUGCUUUCGACGCAAGUAAUGAAGCCUUUAAUAUCAAUGAUAUUCAAAUUCGCUGUAGCAGUUGCGGUUAUAGUCAAAUUCGCGGGAGCUGUGUUUAGAUGAAGUUGUGGAUCCACUGAAUGGAUCAAAGUCAUUAAUAAGUACUUCUUUAGUUCUAUCUAUGUUGAUAUCUCUUUGGCUUUCCACCAAAUAACCAUGAACCACAAUGAAUUAUCACACAGAUUUGCUAGCCAACUUACUAUCAAUUCAGUACCCCCUACCUCUUUUGUGUUCAUAGUCAGCUGGUAAUUCCUUUGACUUUCCAUCAUCUCACCAUAAACCGCAGUAAGUGGCAUUCCUCCCUUUGCGGGAUGGGGCGUUCACCAUAAAUCCAGGCAGAUCAACCGCGGCUCGUAAAUGUAAUCCAGUUGCUGUCUGAUUGAUGUCGCGAUCCUUAAUUAAUUCUGUUCUUAUUAGAAAAGUCAUCGCACCAUAAUGACCAAAUAAUAUUCAUAUGAAUCUUAAAUAAUUACCAAUAUGAGAAGAUACCCAGAAUGAAUUGUCCGGCACAAUGUCACGCAUUGACAAGGUUUAUUGAAUUAAAAGGCUAAUAGCUUACAAUUAUUCUACCAAAGGUUUAUUGCGGCCACUGCAAGGGACUCGUAUUGUCCGAACCUGAUUUAUCCCGUGUCGUUAUUAGCUAUUUUGUCAUCUGAACGUCCCAUCCUGGACUAUGCAUCACGUAAACUACAUCAAUGUCCAAUAUGGAGGUUGUAAUAUUCGCCAAACAAAGGCAACUAGGCGUGGAAGACCCGUAAUAAAUAUCCUACUUUUCGUACAAAUAUCAUAACGUGUGCAAUAAGCUAUCAAUAUUUCACUUUGGUUGGCACAUAUAUUGGAUGAAUCCCUUUCUCCGAUUGAAAACAAUUUAUUAGGAGUUGGGUGAGAUAGUUUCUGAUAAAUUGAUAUGAUGCAUUUCGUUUAAUGUAAAGACUGGCUAUAUAUCAAAGCUUUCCUCAUUGGAUCAUGUGUUCAUAAAUGACUGAUUCCACGUAGCGGUUUUGUAAAAAAACUCCGGCGGUUUGCUCCUCUAGUUUGCCUUUUCCUAUUUAAAACUUCGCCGCAACGGCAAACCUCGGAGGUUACCCACUUAGUGUAAUCAGUCCGUUGACUUGCUCACACACGACCGUGCAGACUAGCGUACCGUGUUUGAGUGUUUCCAUUUUUAAGUAUUUCGCCUCAUUGUCUAGCUGAAGCUGAAAGACAAUAACAAGUCUUUCUCUGUUUCCUCCUAUCGAUAAGUCAUGGCAAACACCAAGCAAAGGAACAGAGAAACAACCAAACACGUUUACCGGCAUCAAGUGCCGUCCUUCCAUUCUCCUUGUCCUCUGGGCUUGAGAGUAAGACGAGCCUAUUGGAGUCGGGAUUGGAGUUUAAUUUCCCCAACUUUUGUGUCUUCUUAUUAAUCUAGCAAACCACCGCUGUUGGUUCAUCUGUCUAAUACUUAAUUGCUGAAGACUUUCAAAUGUAAUGGCUAACCAAUAUGGCUUUCUUUUACCGCCAAUUUUCUUUCUUUGUAACAACUAUAUCGGUAUCAUAAACGGUUUUUAAUUACAUGGUAAUUGAGGAAGACGGUUCCUUUUUCGAAUCUUGAUCGUUUCGAACUUUGCAAAGUGUAGGAAUGGAGAUAUUUGAACAGUCACAUAGUUAUUGUCAUGUGCAUGGUAAGUUGCAUUUGUUGCUUCGUCGUCGGCGAAUUUUGUCAUUUUUCUCGAAAUGGGAAGAUGACACUUGACAACUUUCCUCCAUAGCAUCCUCUGUUUUUGUGGAUCUCUGAUUCCACAACCAUCUCUGAAGUUUACUGAUUCCAUCUCUGAAUCUUUGAAACCUGUGUUUGUGCGUGCCUAAGUUUAGUUUACCGAUAAUUCAUUACAAACAUUUGGCUAAACUAACUUUUUUAACGAGUUCGUUAAACGUAACAGAAUGAAUAUAUUAUUGAGUCUGAUUGAGAUAUAAUUCAAUAAUAUUUUCAUAAACUCCCGAUCUCCAAUUUCACUCUUGUGAUGAAAUUAGCCUAAAUGUAUUAAAGUGCCUUCGAAGCUGACAGUUGGCCAGUUAAUAUCAGGGGAAUCAAUUUGCGACGGCGUGAAUACUGAUUUCCUCCGACAUUAUCUACCCUAUAAAGCUUAUUGCCGCGUUAUAGGUUUAUAUACUUUGACCUGUAGACGCCUAAGUUAUUGGGUCUUAUUGGCUAUUGGUAAUGGAAAUUACCCUGGUUUUGCAGUUACCGGUUAAGUAUUUAAACAAACGCUGCCCUGUCAAUUUCGUGUAUCAUUUACGGAAGAAUUCUGAUGGAGAGGAAUGAAAGGUGAAAGGUGAUCUCUGACGUUAUUAUCCCAUUGACAACUAAUGUGGAUGAAAAAUCGACUAAAGAUAUGCUAAAGACUGUUUCUUUACCAGAGAUGGUCAGCAGUUGUAUUGCAAGCAAAAAGACACCAGUCUUCAUAGUAUAAAGUUUGGUGCGGUAAUUUAUUUUUUAUAUUGUCACCCCUAUCAAAAUAGCUAGCCAGACUUGGCUUCUAGUUUGUAGCUUAGCCGCCAAAACUUUUUUCGGUGUUGCCAGGUGUUUCAUUGAAAUGAAAAUUUUCAUUCGAAGUAAAAAUGCUGUCUUUCUUUAAAGAUGCUAAACGUCAAAAACGCUCUUAAAACAUGAGAUUAAAGCUAACCUAUCUUCACGAAAGACCUUUAGACGAUUUUAAUAAGAUCGUUAGCCGCGGGUUUCCCAAAAAUACACAUUUGAUUAGUCACAAAGUCGGCAUAAUUAAGACACAUAUUCAAGCAACUUUCCUCGAAGACGUGCACAGCCCUUAGAUUGUUUCUAAUUAACCGCCAUUCCCUUAAUUAGCCCAAUUUUCCGGAAAGAUAAACCCGCACUUUUUCUUGAAGAAAUCCCCUUCGAAGAGAUAGAGCAGUAGAAUACAUUUGCUGGGACAUCGCACCGCCUACAGCAAGCGCAGUUCAAAGGUCCUCUAAUUUCGAUCAUCGCGCCAAUAAAUUGGUUUUUAGCAUAAGCGAGCGUGCCUACCUAGACUGAUUUCCUGGCUUCGGUCAGCCUCCAAGUAGCCCCGCCAAUUCAGCCGUUGAACCCAGUUUAUUGUACACGCCGUGAUGGGUAACGGGCAUGAUUAGGAAUAUCAGCCAAUCGCUGUCAUGUGAACAGUUUCUCCGUAACUAGCUUCGUUAGGCUGACGGGUUCCUUGGCGAGCUGGUGUGUUAGGCUAUCACUCACUCUAUGGCUGAUUAUCUCUGGUCCUGACCGCCAGCUAUAUCAUAUAGCAACACUUUAAACCUCUAGAGUCGUCUUAAUGAAAGAUCAACCCCUUUGGUGUAUCAGUGUUUUUACAACCUCUCGACUAUAUCUUGCAUCUUCGGCUCGAAGCUGCCUAUUCGAGACACUACAUGUAGGUGUUUAACCCCACUGUUGUUCAACAGCGAGUUUGCGUGUAGCCCACAACAUCAUCUGCUUGACUCAACUAGCUUGAUUCGAAGUGAUUGAUCCAAAGUAGAACAUUAACAUGUAUUAAUUAAUCAGAUCAAUGUGAAGAGGUAUGUGUACGUUGAGUAGUGCUAACAAUUUGUUGAAAGUAUAUGUCGAAUCGUCGAAUCGGAAGUUUGGUUUCCCGAAGAGGUGGGUAAAUGGCGACGUCCCUGACUGAAUUUUGUCCAUGUCAAUCUCAUCCUCUUGAGUAAUGAAUAUGAUGUUUCAAUAAUUCGGAGACAAUAACCGUAGCAGUUCAAAUCGAGGAGUCUUCUCAUCCUUUUGUCGGGCGUUGAACUGGUGACACAAAAUUUGAUGUCGAUAGCAGUGCUCCAUUAUCCGACUCCCGAGAAGGAGAGGAAGAACUCUACUGUGAAAAUAUCUUUAAAAUAUAUUUCUGAACGGAGGUCAAGAUAACUGUGUACGUGCAUUGGAACCAUGGUGUAUUUAGGUCGAACUCUAAGUUAUUGAAUCUAUUUUUUUCAAUGAGAACGAUCUUACUAUCAAUAACGCUGGAGUCAUCAUUCACAAAUAAUAUUUCAUGUUUUGAAAGUCAAUCUGUAUAAUCACAGAACAGCUCUUGUCUAUUUUCCUAAUCUUUUCAGGGUUGUCAUCAAUCGCCAUAUCCUCUUGUAUUUCAGUUUGAAACAACCAAUGAGAAGUUAUUUUGAUAUUUAAU